GAAAAGAAAAAGAAAAAACCAAAGCCCUGCAGCGGUUCACUCGUUCUUGAGGUUGAGAGAGAGAGAGAGAGAGAGAUUGGGGAUGAGCGGGACCUCCAGUCUGUUACAAUUAUGGCAGAUUCCUUUAACCAAACUUCUCUUCACUCGCUCCAGGUUUUCCAAAGUUGCAGGUCUCUAUAUGGGCCAUGGAACAGAAAUGUAUCCAGCACUAUGCUUCUGUAAGAAUAUACAGACAGCCACAUAUGAAGUUGUGAAUGGAAGUUAUGUAUUGACUUCCCAAACUAAAGAAAACAAAAUAAAGGAUAAAGCAUUGGAAACACAAGAAAAUGUUGGGGCAUUUCAAAAGCUACCCAUGGUGAUGCCAUCAGUUGAUAUUCUUUAUUCAUCCCUGAGGAAGGCAAAGAGGGUCUCAGCUACAAAAGGCAUUGCCAAUAUAGCAAAACGCGAGAGAAAUAAAGGUGCAAAGCAACUUGAUGCGCUGAUGAAGGAACUGGCUGUUCCUUUAAGGAUGUACAAGGACAACUUUCCAAACAAGAAAUAUUUGCACCCUUAUGAACGCUCUCUUAUCGAGUUGACUCUUGGAGAUGGAAGUUAUGAAGAGGUUUUGGGAAAGGUUGAUGCUUUGAGGAAGAAGGUGAUAUCGGUUGGAAAGGAACAUGCAUCACUCUGUGCUAAGUCGACAACAAAGCGAGAAGCAGAGGAACGAUUAAAUGAGGGAAUGGAGAAGCUUGAACAGAUUUUUAGCCAUGAUGGAAAAGCUGUUGACGAUCUAUUGAACGUUGCCAAGACUUUAAGGGCAAUGCCAGUGGUAGAUUUGGAAACACCAACCCUUUGUCUUGUUGGAGCUCCUAAUGUGGGGAAGUCAUCUUUGGUCCGCAUACUUUCAACAGGGAAGCCUGAGAUCUGCAACUACCCAUUUACGACUCGUGGAAUUCUAAUGGGACAUAUUGCUUUCGGCUACCAGAAUUUUCAGGUGACAGACACACCUGGUCUACUAAGGAGACAUGAUGAUGACAGGAACAAUUUGGAAAAGUUGACGCUUGCUGUCCUCUCACAUUUGCCAACUGCUGUACUAUAUGUUCAUGACCUUUCUGGUGAAUGUGGGACCUCAGCUUCUGAUCAGUUUGUCAUAUACAAGGAAAUAAGAGAGAGGUUCAGUAGCCAUCUUUGGAUUGAUGUUGUUUCGAAGUGUGACUUGCUUCAAGAAUCACCUGUCAUUUUCAUCACAGAAGAUAGCAAUGCUGAUCAUCUUGAGCUGGCAAGGUAUCGGAAAAUGGGACCUGAUGGAGCCAUUCAUGUGUCAGUAAAGAGUGAAGCAGGGCUCAAUGAGCUGAAGGAUAGAGUGCAUGAGCUGCUGGUUUUGCAGUCAGCGCUGAUCAAAAGUGAAAAGAGCAACCAAGAAAACCAAGAAAAUCAAGUUGUUCCUAAAAAAUCGUUUGUUUAAUGAUGAAAAUACCAACUUUUGGCUAAAAAUUGUUACAAAAAGUGACAAAUUGUCAUUGCAAACAGACUAUCCAAGAACAUGGCAACUUGGUUGAAAUUCGGACGCAGGCUAAUGAACUGGUUCAACCUCUGCUCGGUAAUGCCAAUACUUGCAUGAUGGUUCGAGUUCUCCUUAUGCAGCAGAUUUGAUGACAGGGCAUUGAGGUAAGGUUUAUACAUAUCUUAGCAUGUCAGAAGUUUUGGUUUGUCUGGGGAUCUUAUUUUAUUUUUAGCACAAUUAUACAGAAAGGGUGUCAGGUUAUGCAGCA